AUGAUUUUGUUGUUACAUUUGGUUCCUUAUCGAAUUAAACAUUGUCGGGGAAAGAUUUUAUUGUUACAAUUUGAAAAGAGUUCAGUUGAUGAAGAGCAAUCUGACAAAGAUGACAAAUCAGUUUUAGAGGAGAAACAAAUGGAAGAUGCUGAGGAUGUCUCAUCAUCAAAGGAAAACGAGCAAAAACCGAAAAAUAGCAAACCCGAUCAGUCGUGGAUCGAUAUUUAUUUACCUGAAAAGGCUCGGCCUUAUGCCCACCUUGCGCGCCUCGAUAAGCCGAUUGGCACUUGGCUUCUUGCUUGGCCCUGCAUGUGGUCUAUAACGAUGGCAGCAGUUCCGGGGAGCCUUCCAGACUUUAAGAUGAUGGCUCUGUUUGGUUCAGGGGCAUUGCUUUUACGUGGCGCAGGAUGUACAGUCAAUGAUCUACUUGAUCAGGAUAUUGAUAGAAUGGUAGAGCGGACAAGGUCGAGGCCAGUUGCCAGUGGCAUUUUGACACCAUUUCAAGGACUUUGUUUUCUUGCUUUUCAAUUGAGUUUAGGUCUUGGGAUUCUUCUGCAAUUGAACAACUUUAGCCGAGUAUUGGGAGCUUCAUCCUUGCUGCUGGUAUUUUCAUAUCCUCUUAUGAAGAGACUAACAUUUUGGCCUCAGGCCUAUCUAGGUUUGACAUUUAACUGGGGGGCUUUACUUGGUUGGGCAGCUGUUAGAGGAAGUCUUGAUCCUGCUAUUGUACUCCCUCUUUACGCAUCUGGUGUAUUUUGGACACUUGUGUAUGAUACAAUAUAUGCACAUCAGGAUAAAGAAGAUGAUGUGAGAGUGGGUGUCAAAUCAACAGCCUUGAGAUUUGGAGAUUCAACCAAAGAAUGGAUUACUGGAUUUGGAAUAGCAUGCAUCGGCAGCCUUGCUUUUGGUGGAUUUAAUGCUAAUCUUGGGUGGCCAUAUUACACAUUUUUGAUGGGUGCAUCUGGCCAAUUAGCUUGGCAGAUAUUGACAGUUGACCUAUCCAAUCGUGCUGAUUGCAAUAGAAAAUUUGUCUCCAAUAAGUGGUUUGGCGCACUUGUCUUCACUGGGAUUCUAUUGGGACGCCUCUUCCCUUAA